CCAACGCGCCACUUCCGUGGGACUUUUCCCUUCCGGCGUGUUUACUAAAACGUUGUGUUGUGUGGAAUGGUAUAAUGGAGUAAUUAUUAGAUCUAUCUAUAACCCAUGGCAUAAAAUCUCCCGCAACACAAAAGGAAAUCAAAUUUCAGCAGAGAAAAGAAAAUGUCAAGCGACAGCGGGGACCUGGACGAGGACGAGCUUCUCCAAAUGGCUCUGAAGGAACAAGCGGAGCGAGAUCUCAAUUACAAGAGGCCUCCUGCGUCCAACAACAGUUCGAGGAAGCCGGUGGCGAACUACGUGCAGCCUCCUGCGCCGAUGAAGAAGUCCGCUCCGCCGCCCAAUUCUUCGAAUCCUAGGGCUGCGGCGGCGGGGAGGAGAGUGAUGGAGGAGGACGAUGACUCGGAGGUGGAGUUGCUCAGCAUUUCCAGCGGCGAUGAAGACUCCACCACCAGAGAUGAUCGUUCGCGUCAACGAACCGGUGGCUCCAGGGCUCGAGCCAAAGAGGAUGAGGCCGCCUGGGACGGCGACGAGCCUGCUCUCUGGAAACACGUCGACGACGCUGAGCUUAAUCGUAGGGUUCGUGAAAUGCGGGAGACAAGAACAGCACCUGUGGCUCAAAAAUUUGAGCGAAAACCUUCAUUAAUCGGAAUAAAGGGGCUUAGCACUUUGCAGUCAUUCCCUCGUGGCAUGGAAUGUGUUGAUCCACUAGGGUUGGGAAUAAUAGACAACAAAUCAUUAAGGCUUAUCACUGACAUGUCAGAAAGCUCUCCAUCCAAGUUGGACAAAGAUCCUCUGGAUAGUAGCCUUCGUGAGAAGUUGAUUUAUUUCUCUGAAAAAUUUGACGCAAAGCUGUUUCUAUCCCGAAUACACCAAGACACAAGUGCAGCAGAUAUGGAGGCUGGUGCUCUUGCUUUGAAGACUGAUCUUAAAGGAAGGACUCAACAGAGAAAACAAUUGGUUAAAGACAAUUUUGAUUGCUUUGUUUCUUGCAAAACCACAAUUGAUGAUAUUGAGUCAAAGUUGAAACGGAUUGAAGACGACCCUGAAGGUUCAGGGACUUCUCAUUUGUUUAAUUGCAUCCAAGGAGUAAGUUUGCAGGCUAAUCGUGCCUUCCAGCCUCUAUUUGAGAGACAGGCCCAAGCUGAGAAGAUCAGGUCUGUCCAAGGAAUGCUACAGAGGUUUCGAACAUUAUUCAACUUGCCAAGUACAAUUCGUGGGAGCAUUAGUAAGGGUGAAUAUGACUUGGCAGUUAGGGAAUACAAGAAGGCGAAGUCGAUUGCUUUACCAUCUCAUGUGGGAAUACUAAAACGCGUUCUUGAAGAGGUUGAGAAAGUGAUGCAUGAGUUCAAAAGCAUGCUUUACAAGUCUAUGGAAGAUCCACAAAUAGACCUCACAAAUCUUGAAAAUACUGUGAGGCUGUUGUUGGAGCUGGAACCCGAGUCAGAUCCUGUGUGGCAUUAUUUAACUAUACAGAAUCACAGGAUUCGAGGUUUGCUUGAGAAGUGCACCUUAGAUCAUGAGGCAAACAUGGAAAUAUUGCAUAAUGAGAUCCGUGAAAGAGCUCUGUCUGAUGCAAAGUGGAGGCAGAUUCAACAAGGCUUAAAUCAUCCUUCAGAUGUUGACUAUUCUCUUAUGCUUGAGAACACCAAUCUUCCGGUAGAUUCUCAGCCAGUAGACUUCACCAGCGAAAAAGUUGAUGCCCUUAGAGGAAGGUACAUCCGCAGAUUAACUGCAGUACUCAUCCAUCACAUACCAGGCUUCUGGAAAGUAGCACUUUCUGUUUUCAGUGGGAAAUUCGCAAAGUCUUCUCAAGUUUCCGCUGAAUCAAAUUCUAACACUUCAGCAAAUAAAACUGAGGACAAAGUUGGAGAUGGGAAGUACUCAAGUCAUUCUCUUGAUGAAGUUGCUGGAAUGAUACGAAGUACAAUAUCUUUAUUUGAAGUCAAAGUUCUUAACACAUUUCGUGAUCUUGAAGAGUCAAAUAUUCUGCGAUCAUUCAUGAGUGAUGUUAUAGACAAAAUAUCGAAAGCAUGCCAAAGUUUUGAAGUCAAGGAGUCGGCUCCUCCUCUAGCUGUUAUGGCACUACGAACACUUCAUUCGGAGAUUACAAAGAUUUACAUUCUAAGGCUUUGCUCAUGGAUGCGGGCAUCAACUGAAGAGGUAUCAAAAGAUGAAACAUGGGUCCCAGUAUCAAUUCUUGAAAGGAAUAAAUCUCAGUAUACAAUCUCUUUCUUGCCUCUAGCAUUCCGUUCAAUUAUGGCCUCAGCGAUGGAUCAGAUCAACAUAAUGAUUCAGUCUUUGAGGAGUGAGGCUGCAAAGUCAGAAGAUAUGUUUGCACAACUUCAAGAAACUCAAGAAUCUGUUAGACUUGCAUUUUUGAACUGUUUCCUGGAUUUUGCUGGUCAUCUGGAGCACAAUGGAAGUGAGGUUGUCCAGAACAAAUCAAGCAAAGAAAUUUCACAUUUACAAGAUGGAUAUUCUCACGAUUUAGAAGAAAAACUGUCGUCUGAUCUCCCUGGGGGUGUUUUUGAUCCCCAUCAACAGUUGUUGGUGGUCUUAAGUAAUAUUGGAUACUGCAAAGAUGAACUUUCUUCUGAGUUGUACAACAAGUACAAACAUAUCUGGCUGCAGUCUAGGGACAAAGAUGAAGGGGACAGAGACUUACAAGAUCUAGUAAUAUCAUUCUCUGGGCUUGAAGAGAAGGUGCUUUCUCAGUAUACUUUUGCAAAGGCAAAUUUGAUCAGAACAGCUGCCAUGAACUAUUUAUUGGAUUCUGGUGUUCAGUGGGGAGCAGCACCUGCAGUCAAAGGUGCGCGUGACGCAGCUGUGGAGUUACUGCAUACUAUGGUAGCUGUUCAUGCAGAGGUUUUUGCUGGUGCUAAGCGCCUCUUGGACAAGAUACUCGGCAUUCUUGUGGAAGGACUGAUUGAUACUUUUCUUAGCCUUUUCCACGAGUACAAAACCAAAGAUCUAAGAUCACUUGAUGCAAAUGGUUUCUGUCAGCUCAUGCUUGAGCUUGAGUAUUUCGAGACGGUAUUGAAUCCAUAUUUUACACCUGAUGCAAGGGAGUCACUGAAGUCUUUGCAAGGUGUGCUUUUGGAGAAAGCUACUGAGAGCAUGACUGAGACUAUGGAGAAUCCAGGGCAUCACCGCCGGCCGACUCGUGGAAGUGAAGAUGCACUUGCAGACGAUAGACAAGGGAUGUCUGUGUCACCUGAUGACCUGAUUGCUCUUGCACAGCAGUAUAGCUCUGAGUUACUUCAAACAGAACUAGAGAGAACUCGUAUCAACACGGCAUGCUUUGCAGAGGCGAUUCCAUUAGACUCGGUGCCGGAGCCUGCAAAAUCUGCUUAUGCUUCUUUCAGGGGUCCAAUAGAUUCUCCCAGCAAAAAUUACCGAGGCACACAAGCUACUGGAUCACCAAGUUUCUCCAGGCAUAGGCGUAGAUUAAAUAAUUUGUAACCUCAAAUUCUUGUUUAUUUAUGUUCCCCAUGUGUAUGUGUGAGUGCUGUUUUGUAGUGCAUGCAUUUAAUUGAACGAAAUCCAUAUUCUUUCCAUUUGUAUUUCCCCUAUCCCUAUGAGCUUCUUUUUUCAUUUUCCUUAUUACUCUUGACAGACAAUACAACAGCGUUUGUAUGUUGUUUGUGCAGUAAAUAUGGCAUUUUUCAAGGCUAUGUUAAUUAAAAUGAAUUUAAUU